AUGGAAGAAUAUAUGGAGAAUGAUAGCAUCCAUAAUGGUAAGGAAGUUGAGGGAACAAAUGUAAACAAAGCUGAAGGUAAUACCUUAGGUGCUUCAUCCUCAGGAUUAACAAAAAAACGGGGAAAUACGUUAUGUCGAAAAAUUCAUGGACGACAAUUCAAAGAUAGACAAGAGAUCACCUUGAAUGAAGAAGGACAACCAAUUGGGCCAGAUGAAAAGAUAGUGUCUGAACUCAGUAGUUUUUUGGGGACACUAGGAAGAAGUUCAGAUUUAUGUCCUCUCACUUUCACUAGUUGGAUUGAUUUGGUUAAGCAUUGGGAGGAACACAAUUUGGAUCCAGUGUGGGAUUAUGUCAAUGAAAAAUAUAAUAUCCCAAAGGAAGGAAAGAAGGCUGUAUUUGCUAUUACAAAUGAUGCUUGGAAACGAUACAAAUGCUCGCUUAAAAGGAAGCAUUUUAGUAAGUAUAAAACCUUACGCGAGCAGCUAAAAAAUCGUCCACAAGAGGUACCAGAAGAAUAUUUUAGAAAUUUAUUGGAGUAUUGGAGAGAUGACAAAACUCUAGAAGUCAGUCAUCAAAAUACCGAAAAUAUAGUUCAACUGAAAUGGAGACAUCUAAUGGGGAAUAAAGGUUUUGCUGUUAUAAGAGAAAAAAUGCGUGAAAUAAUGAAGAUAAAGAACCUCCGACUCAAGCUGAAAUGUUCAUUGCUACUCGACAAAGUAGGAAAGGAAAGGAGUUGGAUUAAGAAACUAACCAUGCAAUUAUAA